GUUCCUGAAAUCUAGCAUGAAGCAUUUUUGCUGUCUUCUUUCCUCCUAAGCAUUUUCACGGGCCAUUUGGAAACAACUAAUUGCCCCACACUAAAAGAAAAGCUCUUUCAAGAAAGUCAAAGAACAAAAUGGGUUUGCUGAAUUCUAAGAACCUGAAGGUCAGGCACGCCCAGAUUCUGCUUCUGGGACUUGACUCUGCCGGGAAGUCCACUCUUCUUUACAAACUAAAGCUUGCUAAUGACAUCACCACCAUCCCAACCAUAGGUUUUAACGUGGAGAUGAUCGAAUUCGAGAAGAGCUUCUCGUUGACAGUGUGGGACGUUGGAGGACAGGAGAAGAUGAGAACCACCUGGAGUGACUUCUGCGAGAACACCGAUGGGCUGGUGUACGUGGUGGACAGUUCCGACAAACUGCGCCUGGAGAAGUCCCGGAGAGAGUUUGAGCGCAUUCUGAAGAAUGAACACAUUAAACAUGUGCCUGUUGUCCUGUUAGCCAACAAACAGGACGUGCCUGGAGCGCUGAGUGCUGAGGACAUCACGCGGAUGUUCAAGGUGAAGAAGCUGUGCAGUGACCGGAACUGGUAUGUGCAGCCCUGCUGUGCGGUCACUGGCGAAGGGCUGGCAGAGGGGUUCAGGAAAGUAACGGCAUUUGUGAAAAACCACCUGAAAUCGGGAGACACGCUCACGUUCUUCAACCAGAAAUGAAAUAGGCCUGCAAAAAGACUGAAGAAGUUGAGAUGGUAAUUCCCCCCCACCCCAUCAGGUGGGACAAACAAGUUACUGAAUUGGCCAACUUUUGCCAAGAUGGCAUCUCACUUAAAUUCAGUUCAACUCAGAAUAACAGAAAAUUUUCUUGUUUUUAAAGUCAGGAACUCUAACUGUGUGGUAACGAUCCUGGAAAAUGAAAACACUGGCUGAUUCAGAUAGACAUUCUUACAACCAAGUAAAUCUUGCUUUAGGACAAAGCUUAAGGUAACCGUCCACAGAGACACAAUCCUUUCUGAUUAUUAUCAGCUGUUACAGGUACCUCAUUGUCACCAGGCUUCUAUGUAAUAAUCAAGUGUAUGAAAAAUGAACUUUAAGUUACGGAGAGAAAAAAGUUUGAUGUUAAAAAGUUGGUAAAUAUAUGCUAUCUAAGUUAAGCUUUUCUUUUGGAUUCCUGCAGGCUGUUUCAAAUCUGCUGCUGGGAACUCUGCUCAGUGUCCCCAGAACAGUGAGCUUUAGGCUGUUAAUUGCCCUGAGACUGUAUACCCAUAGGAAGCAGAAAUGUCUAAUUUAAAACUCGGAACAGAGUAGCAGCUGGUUUAGGGUAACAUUUGGUUUUAGGGCUCGCCCCAAGCCGCAGCCCCGGGAUCGGCUUCAGUGGAGCCCAGCGUGCUAGUCAUUAUGUGGGCGACUCUGUGCAGUUCAUUGUACCGAUCAAACAGGAAGUAGACCCAGACUUUGCUCUCUGAGACCUUGUUGUUUACAAGAGGAAGCGAUGUAAAGCUAAGGCAAAAGUAGGACGGUGUUACUUCAGACCAUGGCAUGACAGACCUAAUUUUGAGGUGGAGGAAUAGAAAAUGUUCCAGGCAGAAGAUGGUGUCUGAGUCCCUAGCUCUCAGGGUGCUUAAGAGGAACUCUCUCAGGGACCCUGUUAGGGUGCUGGUUGGUCACUGGGAAUCCCCAUUACCAGCUGACUUUCUAGAGGACCACACGACAAGGGGAGGGGAAGUGGGCAAAGGAAGUGACAUUGAGCUGGAGUUUCCCGAGCAGGCUCAGGAUUCUCAGUGCAGCACAAGAGCUGAUCCACAAUGCUCCUUCUUCCCACCUCCCCCCCACCCUCUCACCCGCUUCCCACCCUCUUUCCACCUGUAGCAAGGCCCAUUUGGGGCUGGAAACAAGCCCCAGUCUUCAUGAAAACACCAGGACUCGAAAUCUUAAGAUCACAGAGGAAAAUAAAAGUUUAAUUAACCAAGCAUGC